ACAAAGUUGGAAGAAAAAAAAAAAGUUUUAUUGCUAUGCCAUGUAAAGUCACACAACAUUUGACUAUAAAAUGAGAAGGAGGAUCUUGUUUCAGCACCAGCUCCUAGCCAAUCACGACUUCACAGGAAUGGAGUAUAACAUUUGAUCUCAUAAAGAGAGGGUUAGUUCAGUAGCGUCACGUCUCCGUUCCAUUGCAAACAUGUCGGCACAGGCUGCUCGCGAGGUCCCACUGAGCACACUUUCACCCAAGUAUCUCCACUCCAACUCCACCAGCCACACAUCACCCUUCAGCGCCAUCGCUGCGCUCAUCGACAAUGCCUACGAUCCAGACGUCAGCGCCAAACAGUUCUGGAUUGAUAAAACUUUUAUUAAAAAAAACUUGUGCCUCACCUUCAUGGAUAAUGGAAAUGGACUGGACCAUGAAACUAUGCAGAGGAUGCUCAGUUUUGGAUACAGUGACAAGACAGCAGUUAAAGGACACGAGCCCAUUGGGAUGUACGGAAACGGCUUUAAGUCUGGAUCUAUGCGUCUUGGAAAAGAUGCCAUCGUCUUCUCCAGGUCAGAGAGUGGAAUGUGUAUCGGGAUGCUUUCCCAGACCUACCUGGAAAAGAUUGGUGCCGAACAAAUUCAAAUUCCUAUUGUUUGGAUUGAAGAGAGGAACUUGAGUGGCUUCUCGGUUAAAGCGGAGCACAGAGCCAGUCUUCAGGACAUUCUGCGCUAUUCUCUUUUCCAAACACAGGGGGAACUUCUGGCUGAACUGGAUGCCAUCACAUCUUCCUUCUCUGAGGAGCAAACAGGCACAAGAAUCAUCAUUUGGAAUCUGCGCAGAAAAACUGGAAAAGCAACAGAUUUCGACUUUGAGACAGAUCGCUAUGAUAUUCGAAUUCCCUCCGAGGCAAUCAGCGACCAUUCAAGAGGUUGGGAUAGGAUCUCUUAUAUCCCUGAGACUGUUUACUCUCUACGGGCUUAUUGCAGCAUUCUGUACUGGAAACCGCGGAUGCAGAUAAUGCUUUGUGGUAAAAAGGUCAAAACAGUCCUAAUUGCUAAAAGCCUGGCCUCUACAAGAAAGAAAUUUUAUACCCCGAAAUUCCUGAGAAAACGCGUUCCCAUAAUUUUUGGUUUCAACACCAAAUCAAAAGAUCAGUACGGUGUCAUGAUGUAUCACAAAAACAGGCUAAUCAGAGCUUAUGAGCGUGUGGGCUGCCAGCUCAAGGCACAUAACAUGGGUGUCGGAGUCAUUGGGAUCGUAGAGUGCAACUUCCUGGAUCCGACGCACAACAAACAGAGCUUUGCGGAGUCUGAUAAGUACAGAAAAACCAUGAACAAUUUAGGAGUAAAACUGGAAGAAUACUGGAAGGAUAGGGAGAACGAGAACAAAGAUAAAGACCCAAACAGUUCCAUACCAGUGGAGGACACAAUAAAGGGACCAGACCGGAACUGGGUGCAGUGUAAUGAAUGCCUGAAGUGGCGAAAACUCCCAGAUGACACUGAUAACAAUGAGCUGCCAGAUAAAUGGUUCUGCCAGAUGAACCCGGACCCUGAGUUCUGGAGUUGCGAUAUAGACGAGGAGCCUGAAGACUAUGACGAUGGCCAACCACUGUACCCCAAAACCAACAAGCAACACAAGUGGGCAGACAAGAAGAAAAAAGAGAAGACAACACAGACGGCACAUGACACGGGUGUCGGAGUCAUUGGGAUCACAGAAUGCGACUUCCUGGAUCCGACGCACAACAAACAGAGCUUCGUGGAGUGUGAUAAGUACAGAAAACCCAUGAACAAUUUAGGAAUAAAACUGGAAGAAUACUGGAGCAACAGCAAGAGGGCAGACAAGAAGAAAAAACAGAAAACACAGAAGUCUCCUUCCACCCCCACAUCCUCAAAGUCUGUCCCGGAAAGCGCUGAGAGGGCUGAUUCCUCUCCCCGCAUGUCUUCCACCAUUCCAAAAGCAGCAGUGUGUCCUUUCGUGAGCAGCGAACUUCCAGUAGUUAGGAGUGAAUCCUCGAAGUAUGCCAGCUUAAAUGCUCCAAAAAGAGCGCCGACGUCUCCUCUGAGUACAUCAAAACGACCUCGAGUGAGUCUCCUAUCCAGCAUUUCACACACCUUGGACGAAAGAGACACAUGCUCCCCAUCUGUGCCCGCUGAUGUGGAGAAUGCAGAUAACGCCACCGAUGACGACCUUUUAAUUUUGGAGUCCAGUAGCACGCCAAAGCCAGCAAAGCCUGUUUAUGAUGUUAGUCAAGUGAAAAAGGAAAAGAUAGAAGAGCGUGUAAAUAAUGUGAGCAUGCUGUUGGAUUGCACUGACAAAACUGCAGUGGACGCCCCCUCAGAACAAACCACUGCAAGAACAGGAUGUCCUAGAGACACAGUCAGAGUCACCACCCAGACAGAGAUGUUCAAAGUGAAGCUGAAGAAGGAGAGCCAAAGUCUAACUGAAGGAAAUCAAACUGUGAACCCGGGAACAUUUAGUAGCACACAGAGUUUGAAUGCCCAAAGUCUGACGAUAACCAGGUUUAAAAAAGAGAAGAACAGCCAGACUGAGGAGAACGGAAAGACGCGUGUGGAGACCAGCAGCACCUCCCAUGAAAGUCCAAGUAUUACUAAGGUACAGAAGCAGCAGGAUUAGCUUUUGGAGCUUCUCCAGAACCAUGGGCAUGGAAUUUGGCUUUUAGGGCAUGGAACGUCACCUCUCUGGGAGGAAAGGAGCCUGAACUUGUGUGAGAGGUUGAGAGAUACCGGCUAGAUAUAGUUGGGCUCACCUCAACACACAGUCUGGGCUCUGGAACUCAGUCCCUCGAGAGAGGCUGGACUCUAUACCACUCUGGAGUUGCCCAUGGUGAGAGGCAGCGGGCUGAGGUGGGCUUACUCGUGAGCUUCCAGCUCA